GUAUUUAUUUUUUUUAUAGUACCAAUUGAAUAUGCAGAAAUUAUCGAGAUUAUUUUGGCCGGUUCUAGUAACUCCAAAGAAUGCAAUUGCCAGGAAUGUCGAAGCAGUAUCCAAAAGUCAAAAGUUAAUGACUGAGUUGGGUCUAUUGAAAGCAGCCAGUCAUGGCACUUUUCAAAUAAUGCCACUUGCGCAACGUUCUUUAGAUAAACUAUGCGCUGUAGUCAAUAAUGCUAUGGCUUCCGUAGAAGGACAAAAAAUAACACUGCCCAUAUUGACAUCAUCCACCUUGUGGAACAAAUCGGGAAGAUUAAAAGGCGAUGUUACGGAGUUUUUUAUGUUACAUGACCGUCAUAAUAAGGAGUUUUUAUUGAGUCCGACUCAUGAAGAAGCAGUAACAGCCAUGUUAGCUACAACGUCCCCCAUUUCAUAUAAGCAAUUACCUCUACGGCUGUAUCAAAUUGGCCCAAAAUUUCGCGAUGAAUUGAAGGCCCGCUUCGGUUUAAUGCGUGCUAAGGAAUUUAUAAUGAAAGACAUGUACACUUUUGAUCGAUCCGAGGAAGAGGCCAGAAUAACCUAUAAAUUAGUUAAUGAAGCAUAUAUGAAGUUGUUUCAAAAACUAGAAGUCCCAUUUAAAAAAGUGAAAGCCUCCACUGGUAUGAUGGGUGGAAAAAUAUCACACGAAUAUCAUUACAUCUCGCCUGCUGGCGAAGAUAAUUUAUUGCAUUGUCAAGAUUGCAAUCAUGCAUUUAAUGCUGAAGUAUUGGCUGAAAGUUCUAACCAAUCGUGUGUUAGUUGCCAAAGUAUUAACGUACAACAAGUGAAGGGCAUGGAAGUGGCCCAUACAUUUUUAUUAGGAGAUCGAUACUCUAAAGUGUUCAAUGCCACUUUCUUGCAUACCGAUGGAAAACCUAAAACUUCUAUAAUGGGCUGUUACGGCAUUGGCAUCAGUAGGAUAUUGGCCGCAUCACUGGAAGUAUUGUCUACAGAAAACGAAUUGAAAUGGCCCACCUUAUUGGCUCCCUAUGAUGUGUGUAUUAUAGGACCUAAACAAGGUAGUAAAGAACAAACACAGGCUGAACAAAUCGAAAAUCAAUUAUGUCACGAGAUUUGUGAAAUGUAUAGCCAGGACGUGGUGCAUGAUGAUAGAAAAUAUAUGACAAUUGGAAAGCGUUUGAUGGAGGCGAGAAGGAUGGGUUAUCCCGUUAUUGUAGUUGCAGGAUCUAAAGCAUGUUUAAAAGAACCUAAAGUGGAAGUUAUAAUAAAGGAAAAUUCAAUGGAAUUAGACUUUAACACCGCAUUACAAGAACUAGCUAAAUAUAAAAAACAAAAGUUAAGUUUAAUUUAGAAUUAAGUUAAAAUUCAUACAUGUUUUAGUACAUGGUUUUUAAUCUGCAUUUAAGUACUUAAAGUUUUGUCAAAUGUUGACUAAAUAUAACAAUAUGUACUUUAAAAACCAAGAACAACUAAUUAAAAAUGUAUAAUCUUAUUUACAAGA